AUGCCGAUCACCAGUGGUGCCGCCAACCAGUGGUGCCGCCUGCCAGUGGUGCCGCCUGCCAUUGGUGCCGCCCACCAGUGUUGCCGCCUACCAGUGGUGCCGCGAACCAGUGGUGUCGCCCGCAAGUGGUGCCGCCUGCCAGUGAUGCCGCCCGCCAGUGGUGCCGCCUGCCAGUGGUGCCACCCGCCGUUGGUGCCCCCUGCCAGUGAUGCCGCCCACCAGUGGUGCCGCCUGCCAGUGAUGCCGCCCGCCUAUGGUGCCGCCUACCAGUGGUGCCGCCCACCAUUGAUGCCGCCCAUUAGUGAUGCCGCCCACCAGUGGCCGUCCACCAGUGAUGCCGCCUGUCAGUGGUGCAGCUCGCCAGUGGUGCCGCCUGCCAUUGGUGCCGCCCACCAGUGGUCUCGCCCACCAGUGGUGUUGCCCGCAAGUGGUGCCGCCGGCAAGUGA